CGGCGGGAUGACAAACAGAAUGCGAGAGAAUCGAAGAGAGGAGAAUGAAAAGAGGGAAAAUUUGCAUUUGAGCGGGGAGCGAGGGACGGGUGGCGCGGGCGGGGGAGGAAACAGGGAAAGUGACUGCUUGCGCGUUGGCUCUUUGCCCUGAGCUCCGAAUCGAGCUACUCCAGCAAACAGUCGAGAAAUAAAGAGGAGGAGAAAAAGGAAAACAAACGGUUGAAAAGUUGGGGUUGAGGGGAAAAAAAAGAAUUUGGCUGUUGCUGGGUGUAAGGACAGGUGCUGCUGGGGAUGGCUGAUCGAUGGUCUGGAUUGUUUAAUACGCCGCUGAAUAAGGAUCUCAACUGAGUGGCGCGCUUUAGGCGAUCAUCAUCUUCCGAUUGAUGACAUGUUCAAAGCUUUGACAGCUGCACGUGCUGCCCAGACCGAAGGUGGGCGAGGGCGCUGCCCAGAGCAGCGGUCGGCUCGCACGGGGCAAAAGAGCGCUCAGGCCUAGCCAGUUGAGCAACCGCGAGGGACGGGUCCGCCGGUGGGAGCGGCCACUCCCGCCAGCCAGCCCAGCAAACCUGAGAGCGGGGAACCGCGAGCGCACGUGCGUGCCUCCUUGUGUACUCGGGCCGAUAUCGUCGGGGAGAGAGAGAGAGAGAGAGAGAGAGAGAGAGAGAGAGAGAGAGAGAGAGAGAGAGAGAGAGAGAGAGGGCCGAUUUUAAUGAGCAGAUGAAUUCUGAGCCGAUGGGAGGAACGACGAUCAUGAGCCUUUUCAGAGGCGGAAUGGUGGGAGAACGGCGGAAGCUUCUAGGAGAGGUGCCGUCGCCUUGUACCAGCCAAUUGUCUGCAGAUGGCAGGGUGAACAUGAGAAAGGAAGGAGUUCACUGUUGAUCCGUUUGCUGGUCCAAAUCUGGAAAGUGCCGAUGCGAAAGAGAAUUCGUCGGUGCCUGAAGGGUUAAAAUGACAAAACCCAACCGGUCCCGGCUUUACCCGCAGCUGCAGCGCGAGAGAAGAAGCGCCACCGGUUCCACCUCCAGCCCAGGGUCGCAGGGAUAUACCAGUAUCAACAGGAUAUAACAGGAGGACAUAGCAUAUGACAUGGCCAGACCACCCGACGACUAUCUCUAACUGAAAGGCAACAAAGUGCCGCAUCAUCAUCAUCAUCAUCAGAAGAAGAGUAGUAUUGGUAGGAGGAAGAAGAAUAGCAGUAGUAGUAGUAGUAGUAGUAGUAGUAGUAACGCGAGUGUUCGGGGUGUGUGUGAGGAGAAGCAGUGGGUUUUGGAAGGGAAAAUGGGUGAGGAAGGGAAUGAGAAGUUGGAGAAGGUGGUGAGGAGAGUGGUGGCCAUAUCUUGUGGGGCAAGUCAUUCGGUGGCACUUCUGACCGAUAAUGUAGUUGUUUCCUGGGGAAGAGGUGAGGAUGGACAACUCGGCCAUGGCGACGCUGAAGAGAGGAACACACCUCACGUCAUUGCACCAUUAGAAGACAGCGAGGUAUCCACUAUCACCUGCGGAGCUGAUCACACCGUCGCUUACUCCAAGACACGAAAAAAAGUGUAUAGUUGGGGAUGACGUGGUGUAGCAGAUGGAGUCUUGGUCUACGACGUGCAGAUGAUGUCGCAGACCACGUCUCAACUUCAAGUUGGUUUACGACAUGCAGAGGUGGUCUACGACAUGCAGACGUGGUAUAUCAGAUGGAGUCUUGCUCUAUGACAUGCAUAGGAUGUCAGACACCACGUCUCAACUUGGUUUACGACAUGCAGAGGUGGUCUAAUAUAUGGAGUCGUGGUCUACGACACGUCUCAACUUGGUUUACAACAUGCAGUCGUGGUCUACGACAUGCAGACACGUUUUAGCAAUUGGACU